AUGUUUCUAGAAAUAAUUAAAAGUGUUUGUGAAAAUAAUCAAACAGAAUUGAUUAAUGUUUUUUCAAAAAAUGUAACAUUUUCACAAACAUUAGAAAAUGUUGCAUCAUGUUAUCAAAAUAAUAUUUUAUCUAUAAUUCCAUCAUUAUUUCUUUUUAUAUUUUUUCCAAUUCUUAUGUUUGCAUUAUACAAAAGUAAAAAUCCUAAACUUGAAGUAUGUUCACCAAUUGGAGGACGAAUUAUAAUAGGAAUAAUAUUGAUAUUUUUAACUGCUAUACAAUUUUUUCAUAAUAUAUAUAGAAAAUGGUAUUUAGAUGAAAAUAUACCGUUGUCAUGGAUUUAUUCAACAUGUAUACGUUAUGUAUCAUUAUGUUUUGCAUUACUUUUAACAUUAGCUUGUAGAAAUAGAGGUGUUGUAACAUCUGGAGUACUUUUUAAUUUUUGGCUUCUACUUUUAAUUUGUAGUAUACCAGAAUUUGUUACAAGAUAUAAAUAUUAUUUUGAAAAACAAAAUAUAUUUAUAAAAUUAUUUGAUGAAAAAUUUGAAUUACCUGGAUAUGAUGAUGAUAAUAAAAUAUCAAAUGAUACUAUACAAAAUUUAUCAUUUAUACUUUUUUUUCCACUUCUUAUUUUACAAGUUAUAUUUUCUUGUUUUGUUGAUACACCAAAAUAUCAUAUAACAAAUGAAAAAGAAUGUCCAGAAAAUUAUACAUCAUUUUUAAAUCAAAUUACUUUUAAUUGGUUUACACCAAUGGCAUAUACAGGUUUUAAAAGAGCCUUAACUAUGGAUGAUCUUUGGAAUUUAAAUAGUACUGAUGAGUCAAAAAAUAUUGUUAAUCAAUUUAAUAAAAAUUUUAAUAAUGAAAUGAAAAAAUUCGCAAUGAAAAAACUUCGCAAACAAAAAAAAGAAAAAAGACAAGGUAAAGUUAUUAAAUUGGAGGAACAAAAAUUAACUAAUGAAAAUCAAAUUUCAUCAAAGACAAAAAAAGAUUCUGAGGAUGAUGGUGAUGCACCAUCUAUUUUAUGGCCAUUAUUUUUAACAUUUAAAAUGACUUUUAUUGGUAGUGGAUUUUAUAAACUUAUAUUUGAUUUAUUACAAUUUAUUUCACCAAAACUUCUUAGUUUAUUAAUUAAUUUUGUUGAAGAUAAAAAACAACCAUUAUGGAUUGGUUUAACAAUAUCAAUUACUAUGUUUUUAGUAGCACUUUUUCAAUCAAUGAUUCUUCAUCAAUAUUUUCAUAAUAUGUUUAGAUUAGGAAUGAAUAUUCGUUCAGCAUUAAUAUCAACUGUCUAUCGUAAGGCAUUAUUUUUAUCAAAUACCUCAAGAAGACAAAUGACAGUUGGAGAAAUUGUUAAUAUUAUGUCUGUUGAUAUUCAAAGAUUUCAAGAUAUGACAACAUUUGUAAUGCUUUUUUGGUCGGCACCAUUACAAGUAUUAUUAGCAAUAUACUUUUUAUGGGAUUUAUUAGGUGUUAGUGUUUUUGCUGGAUUAAUAAUAUUAUUAUUAAUGGUACCAUUAAAUUCAUUUAUUUCUAUUAAAAUGAGAAAUUGUCAAGUAACACAUAUGAAAUUAAAAGAUGAAAGAAUGAAAAUGGUUAAUGAAGUAAUUGGUGGUAUUAAAGUUUUAAAAUUAUAUAAUUGGGAAAAUUCAUUAGAAAAUAUUAUUACAGGAAUAAGAAAAAAAGAAUUAUUGAAUCUUAAAAAACUUGCUUAUUUAAAUGCUGCAACAUCAUUAUCCUGGUCAAGUGCACCAUUUCUUGUUGCUGUUGUUACAUUUGGUGUUUAUGUAACAAUUGAUCCACAAAAUAAUAUAUUAACACCACAAAUUACAUUUGUUGCUUUAGCAUUAUUUAAUAUUCUUCGUUUUCCAUUAGCUAUAUUUGCAAUGAUAUUUUCUCAAGCAGUACAAUGUUAUGUAUCAAAUAAAAGAUUAAAAAAUUUUUUGGCUGCUGAUGAAAUUGAUCCUAAUGAUAUAGAGACAAGAAUAAAUUCAUCUGGUAAAGCAUUAACAAUUAAAGAUGCUUCAUUUACAUGGAUUAAAGAAACUGAUUCAUUUUUAAAAAAUAUUAAUAUGUCAAUUGAAAAAGGAUCAUUAGUUGCAAUUGUUGGAAGAACUGGUUCAGGUAAAAGUAGUUUAUUAUCAUCAUUACUUGGUGAAAUGACAAAAGAAAAAGGAACUAUUCAUAUAAAUGGUAGUAUUGCAUAUGUACCACAACAAGCAUGGAUACAAAAUUUAUCAUUAAAAGAUAAUAUUUUAUUUAAUAAACAAUAUGAUGAAAUAAUGUAUAAAAAAGUUAUUGAAUCAUGUAGUUUAAAACAAGAUUUUGAAGCUCUACCAAAUGGUGAUUUAACAGAAAUUGGAGAAAAAGGUAUUAAUUUAAGUGGUGGACAAAAACAACGUGUUAAUUUAGCUCGUGCUGUAUAUGCAAAUCAGGAUAUAUAUAUUAUUGAUGAUGCUUUAUCUGCUGUUGAUGCUCAUGUUGGUAAACAUAUAUUUGAUAAUGUUUUAUCUACAAAUAGUGGAUUAUUAAAAGAAAAAACUAGGCUUCUUGUUACACAUAGUUUACAUUUACUUAAAUAUUGUGAUUAUAUUUAUGUAAUGAAAGAUGGAAAAAUUAGUGAAGAAGGUAAUUAUAGUCAAUUAAUUAAAAAUAAUGGUGAAUUAGCUGAACUUUUGGAAGAAUUUUUAAUUGAAGAAGCUAAAACAAGAGGUAGAAGUGUUAGUUUUGGUGAAGAUGCUGAAGAAGUUAAAGAAGUAUUAGAUCAUUUAGAAGGUAUUGAUCCAUUAAAGAAAAAACGUAUUGAAAAUGAAAUAUUUAAGACUGUUGAAGAAAUCAAUGCAUCUAAUGAAAAUAUUAUAAAUAAACAUGAUAUAUUAUCACAAAAAAAUUCAAUUGAAAAUGAAACAACAAAAUUAAUAGAUAAUGUUAAUGAUAAUAAAGAAAAUAAUAUAAUGAAUAUAAAUAAAGGACAAAUUAUUCAAAAAGAAGGUGUUGAAACAGGAAAAGUUAAACUUUCUGUAUAUAUAUCUUAUUUUAAAGCAAUUGGAUUAUUUAAUAUAUUUAAAUUUAUUAUUAUUUAUGUAUUAUCAAGUGCACUUGGUGUACUUUCUAAUUUAUCUUUAGCUGAUUGGUCAGAUAAUGCUAAAAAAAUACAAAGUAGUAAUAAUACAGAAGAAACAAAUCAAAGAUUAGGUGUAUAUACAAUUCUAGGUUUAUCACAAGCAGCAUUUGUCUGUUUUGCUUCUAUAAUUAUGGCACUUGGUAUGGUUUCAGCUAGUUCUAUUCUUCAUCAAUCAAUGCUUUCACGUAUUUUACGUUCACCCAUGUCAUUUUUUGAUAUAACACCAAUAGGAAGAAUUUUAAAUAGGUUUGGAAAGGAUAUUGAAGUAUUAGAUUCACGUUUACCAGGAUCAAUACUAAAUUUUAUUAGUAAUGUUAUUGGUGGAGCAACUAUAAUAAUUGUUCCAAUAAUUGUAACACCAAAAAUAAUUAUACCACUUAUACCAAUGAUAUUGGGAUACAUUUUUUUAUUGGAUGUCGAAGGUCUUGAUGCCGCAAUUCCACGAUCUUUUUUGUCAUUUAUCCGAACAUUUGUAGCAUCAUUAGAAAUUCUUUUAGUUAUUGUCCUGGUUACUCCAUGGUUUGGAGUUAUUCUGAUACCACUUGUUAUAAUAUAUUUUUUAAUAUUGAGAUUUUAUGUCAAUACAUCAAGGCAAUUAAAAAGAUUAGAAUCAACAACAAGAUCUCCAAUUUAUUCACAUUUUCAAGAGUCUGUUCAAGGUGCGGCAUCUAUAAGAGCAUACGGAGUUGUUGAAAAUUUUGUUUAUGAAUCUAACAAAAGAGUUGAUCAUAAUUUAAUUACAUAUUAUCCAUCAAUUGUUGCUAAUAGAUGGCUUGCUGUUAGAUUAGAAUUAGUUGGAAAUUUAAUUGUUCUUUUUGCAGCAUUAUUUUCUGUUUUUGGAAGAGAAGGUUCUGGAUUAACAGCUGGAUUAGUUGGAUUAUCAGUUGCAUAUGCAUUAAAUGUUACACAAACAUUAAAUUGGGCUGUUAGAAUGACAAGUGAAUUAGAAACUAAUAUUGUUGCUGUUGAAAGAAUAAAAGAGUAUGCCGAAUUAGAUACUGAAGCUGAUACAAAAACAGAUCCUAGAAUAAUUCAAUUACCAACAAGUUGGCCUAAUGAGGGUCAUAUUGUAUUUAAAAAUAUUUCAUUAAGAUAUCGCAAAGAUUUAGAUCCUGUUCUUAAAGAUAUAUCAGUAGAAAUUGAACCAAAAGAAAAAGUUGGAAUUGUUGGUAGAACAGGUGCUGGAAAAAGUUCACUAACAUUAGCAUUAUUCCGUAUUGUUGAAAUUGAUUCAGGUUCAAUAAUUAUUGAUGGUAUUGAUAUUUCAAAAAUUGGAUUAAAUGAUCUUCGUUCAAGAAUAACAAUAGUUCCACAAGAUCCAAUGUUAUUUUCUGGUAAAUUAAGAGAUAAUUUAGAUCCAUUUUAUAAUUAUGAUGAUGAUUGUAUUUGGAGAGCAUUACAAUUAACACAUUUAGAUGCUUUUGUUACAGCACUCCCAAAUCAAUUAGAUCAUCAAAUAGCAGAAAGUGGAAAUAAUUUAAGUGUUGGUCAAAGGCAAUUAUUAUGUCUUGCAAGAGCACUUUUACGUAAAUCAACAAUAUUACUAUUAGAUGAAGCUUCUGCUUCAGUAGAUGUUGAAACUGAUCAACUAAUACAAAAAACAAUUCAAGAACAAUUUAAUUCUUGUACUGUAUUAACAAUUGCACAUAGACUAAAUACAAUUAAAAAUAGUGACAAAAUUCUUGUACUUGAUAAAGGUUGUGUAGCAGAAUUUGAUACACCUGAAAAAUUAUUAGCAAAUCCUAAUGGAAUAUUUAGAUCUUUAAUGAAGGAAGCAAAUUUGUUACCAGAAAAUUAUUAA